AGCAGCCGCGGCCCCCGCCACUGCAUUCAGUCGCUCGCAGCUCUCUGCACUGAGCACAAGCACACAGUGACUAUCGCUAUUUCGUCUUCACGACAAACACACGUGGAUUACCUCUAACUCAUCAUGCUGACCCACGAAAUGGACCAACAGCCAAUCUCCCGCACCUACCAAUACAGAAAGGUGAUGAAGCCAAUGCUUGAGCGCAAACGCCGCGCCCGUAUCAACCGCUGCCUGGACGAGUUGAAGGAGCUGAUGGUUUCAGCCCUGCAAACCGAAGGCGAGAACGUGUCCAAGCUGGAGAAGGCCGAUAUUCUGGAGCUGACCGUGCGCCACCUGCACCGUCUGCGGCGCCAGCAGCGUCUGUCGACCCUGCCCGGCGCCGACGCCGACCGCUUCCGCGCCGGCUACACGCACUGCGCCGCCGAGGUGUCGCGCUGUUUGGCCUCUGUGCCCGGCGUCGACGUCGGCCUCGGCACCAAGCUGAUGACCCACCUUGGCCACCGGCUCAAUGAGAUGGACAAGACGGCGCCCCUGAGUCUGGAGGUGUGCAGCCCGCCCGCAUCGCCCGUCGGCUUCGCGCUGCCGCUCACGCCCGCCUCCUCGUCGGCCGCGUCGCCCUCUUCCAGCGAGCACAGCGGCCUGCUAAAGCUCGCCCCGGCCACGCCCACCACCACCGCCGACCCCUGGAGGCCGUGGUAAGCCGAACAGCCGCCUCCGGCCGCCCGCCUCCAUCCAACUGAUCUCUCACGCAGCCCGCGUCGUCUUUCGCAUCUCAUUACGUGCACCCGAUAAUUUUUUUCGGUCUGCCCAGUCUGUGAUACAACAAACAACCAACGCAUUUAUAUGUUAUUGCAUUUGUAAAUUUUUAUAAACAAACGAUGUUAAUAGGAACGAUGUGCUAUGUUUGUACAGAAAUUCCGUGCCUUAGUGCUGAAAUAAAUUAGACUUGGCCAUUAGGCCAAGAUUGUCUAUGAAAUGAAAA